CGCGCAGUGGGUGCGCGCAGGCGUGCGCUGACACCGCGCGCGAUCGCGACCGUCCUUACGUCCUCCUCUCGUGACGACACCCGGCCGCAGCCGGGAAUGGAGGCCUGCUGCGCGAUCACACCUGCCGAGGAACUCGUGGGCGACCAGAUUGUCCCGGGCGGCGGCCGCUGGGGUGCUCCACACGCCACCGGCCUCCUGGACUCCUGGUUUCAGAUGCAGACAUCUGAGCUAGAGUCGCUGCUUUAUAAGCAAGAGGGCGCUUCACUUGCGCCCGCCCACAUGGACCUAUUCGACGGAGGAACAACUUCGCGCGACGAUGCCUUUCUUCGCCCCGCUCUCUGGGAGGACAUCGCCUCUUCCAUCAGAAAUAUUGACCCUGAGAAUGCAAACAUGCUGGCUCCACUUGGAGCUACCCAUGUUAAGCUCGAAGCUGACGAUGCACUCCUCGAAGAAUGCGCUACACCUCUACUCAGUCCGUUGGAGAUCAAGACGGAGAGGCUUUGCGCACCACCUACAUACGCGCAUCCACAGCCUCCUCAGCAUCUACCAAUGCAACAGCCGGCGACGUCUUUUUCAAAGUAUCCGUCGAGACUAGUCUAUAUGUCUCCACUGACUCCACCCGGGUCAGAUCAGGGUAGUCCCGGAAAUACAAUGCAGGGUGGACCGCGCCGUACACCGCCGCCACCAUACCACCCUCCGCCGCAUCUUCGCGCGCCCCAUGUACCUCCGCAUCCAGUACCACAAACCCAUCACCAUCCUCAGGGUUUGCAACAGCCUUUACAAAUGCCGCCUGUACCUGCGCCUGCGCCGCACCAGCAUGCGGCUGCACAUCCGCGACUUGCGCCUCCUUCUGUUAAAUACAACAGGCGAAAUAACCCAGAACUGGAGAAAAGAAGAGUGCAUCACUGUGAUUUCAUAGGUUGCACAAAGGUUUACACAAAAAGUUCACAUCUUAAGGCUCACCAGCGAAUACAUACAGGAGAGAAACCUUACACUUGUCAAUGGCCGGAGUGCGAAUGGAGAUUCGCGCGGUCGGACGAGCUCACUCGCCACUAUCGCAAGCACACGGGCGCAAAACCAUUCAAAUGCGCUGUGUGUGAGCGGUCCUUCGCCCGGUCUGAUCACCUUGCGUUGCACAUGAAACGUCAUCUGCCCAAAACAUCUAAAUGACACCCGAGGAGAGGCGCGGACCAGACAUCCACGCCUCACACUGCUCAGGAAGAGAGCAGUGAUAACCUCUUUUUAGAGUGCGAUCUGGAGACAAAUUUGAUGGACACGUUCUACAGCGUGCUGUGACUUCGCAGCUAGAGUGGUAACCACGACAACAAUACUUAAAUUGUAUGCUAAAGCGAAGCUAAAGAUAAACCUAUAGUUUUAACUAUAAAGUAAAAACAAUAAUCCAAAAACGCGAACUGUACAUUCACACAUAUGACGCAUGAUAUUAAUAUUAGAUAUUUAAAAAAGAUUUCGUAUUGAAGAAUAAUUCGAAAUUGUGUACCAUAUAGUAGUUCGACAGUUAACCUUAAUAGAAAUGACUUAUAUGAUUAAAAAACAAUAGGUACAAUCAUUACCAAGG